AUGCCGCCUAGUCCUGUUCACGCUACGACGUCUUCCCCAAGUGAAGACGACGAUUUGGAACUGAACUUGGACGAAGACUUUUUCGCCUCGCUGGAUGAGACCGCCUGGCAAAAACUAGAGCAGCACGCCGAGCCCGUAGAAACGGGACCGCCUGCUCACUGUAUACCUGGCCCCUCCUCGAGUCCUAUUGGCUUCCAGAAAGCGAAUGGAAAGCGUUUAGCACGGCCAAGUGCGCUGGCCAUGGAGCAAGCAGCGAAGCGGCUGCGCUUGCACGAAGACGACGUGGCCAGCGCCGACAUGAUGGACUCGACGUUUCAGCCUGCUUCGAGUGGAUCGUCAUCGUCUUUAUGCUCUCCCAAAACACCUUCUAUGAUACCCCAGCACGGCAGCUUUGUCGCGAAGGCAACAACGACGGCUACCCCUGCCAUGGCAACGCCACCACGCACGCCAGGGCCGAUGGGGCGCAAAACCCCACGCCCUCUCUCGCUGCAUCGCCGUACGACGUUGACACCCUCGCCUUUCCGAAAACCCGUAUUACUUGGUAUGACCCCGCGCUCGUUACGUACAGGACUUGGAUCACGAGCGAAUCCAGCGCCGUUCACGCCGCCCUUCAAAAAGGAAGCCCCACCGCCAAGCUCGCAACUUGCGUUAACCCAACCCCCAGCGACGCCCAAGCCCCCUCCUUGUGUAUAUGACAUGUCAGCGCGCGACACAUCACGCCUGACGUACCAGCAAGCUGGACUUUGCCCACGCCGGCAGACCGUGAGCACGGCGCAGCAGAGCGGUGUACCUGCUGAAGUGCGCAUUCUGUUAUGUGAGCCUACCAAGGCGUCGCAGUAUGUAUUUGCCGGCGUUGCGCCUGGUACGACCUGCGGGCCUGCCGAAGCGCUAUCGGCGCUCCACGAAGCGGGCGGUGUGCGUGCCAACCUCCCAUGGGUUACGAAUCACUGGUCGCUGCUUCUUUGGAAGUUGGCCGCGUACGUGGCCGCGAAUCCCGCUAGUGUGUCUACGUACUGGACCUUUGAUACUGUCGUGGAGCAGUUGCGGUACAGGUACGAACGGGAGUACCACCAAAAGCAGUACAGUGCGGUGAAGCAGCUUCAGGAACAGCUCACGCCACCGACGCGGCCCAUGGUCCUCUGUGUGCACCAGAUUCUGCGGUAUGACGACGCGGACGACGAGAGCGCAUCGGUAGUCUUGCAGCUGACUGAUGGCUGGUACAAAAUCCGUGCCGAAGUAGAUGCGCCUAUGCGGCGUGCCUUGGAGCGCGGCCGGCUGCGUGUCGGCCAGAAACUCGGGAUUAUGUAUGCAAAGCUUCGCUCGUUUGCGGAAGGCACACCUGUAUUGGAGGCCCUGCAUACGUCUGACUUGGUUCUCACUUCGAAUGCUACGUCGCUGGUGCGGUGGGAUACCAAGCUAGGUUUUUCUCGGACGCCCUAUUUCUCGAGUCUGGGCCGGCUUGUGCCCGAUGGCGGUAUGGUGGGCCUAUUAGAGGUCGUGAUUGAGCGAUUGUACCCGCUUGGCUAUCUGCAAGCUACGUUGGAUGCGCGUGGCGUGCCUGUGUACCACAACGAUCCUCAUAGUGAGGACGAGGAAAAGGAACGGGCAUCGGCUUGGGACCUACAAUGCCAGCACGCGAAAGAGGCGAUGGUCGUGGCUGCUCAGCGUUUGGACCGUGCCGCUGCGUGGCUUGAAGCGCGGUGUGCUCCUGUGGACUAUGAAGGGGUGGCGCGGCCUGACACGACGUCGCUUCUUACGACGCUGGAAUCCUGUGAGGGCGACCCAUGUGAGGUCCUAGCUUCGCUGGAGCGUGAUCGGCACAUUCCCCUGGCGAGUCUGGGCGGCGCGCUGUGUGCCAUUCGCGAGCGGAUCGCCGCGCUUAGCGCACCUGGCACGGACGCGUAUCAAGCUGCGCUAGAUGCACGGUGCCCCCCGCGGCAUGUUCGUGCGUUCCGUAUUGCGCGCGUGCGAGACGCUUACGCCCUUCGACGCGUCUGCCGUCGAAGUGUGCAGCUGACUGUGUGGAGUCCUCCACCCUUGACGGUUGGCGCGCGCUACCGUGUGUCGAGGGUGGUGCCGACCCAACUUCGUUCAUGGCGAGCGCGGGACACGCCAUCGGACGCGUUCCUUGCCACGACGAGCGAGUCGUGCUGGCGUCGCAUUGAGGCGCCGUAA